AUGUAAAAUUUAUUUCUUCCAAACCUAAAUAAGAAUGCUUAACCUUGCUGGUAUUUGUUUUUAGUAAUCAUUAACAAACCUGCAAAAAAAUAAAAAUCUGAUAUAAAAUAAGGAUUAUUGCUUAAAGGUGCUUCGAAAAUUAAGCUUUAUGAUGCUUUUCUCUAUAUAUGUCAUUAAGCAAAUUUUAGAUUUGUUAAUAAAGAGUUGCUCAUAAAUGCCCUCUGUACAACUAUAAGAUAAUUAGAAAUAUUUAAGAAGCCAUUUUUAGAUGAACCAGUUAUCUAAACUACUGCUGAAGAGUAAAGCAAUUUCUUGUUACUUAAUUAGAUAGCUCACAUAACUUGAUACCUCUUUGGGUUGCCAUAAUGAAAAAGAAUUGAAUACUCUAAUAUUUAAUUAAAUGAGUAGAACUUAAGUUAAAAUAGAAG